AGUCGUGUAGGACGUGCGUGGUAAAAGCAAAGAGUUAAAACGGCCAAUCUAGAUAUUGGCAGUGAAGCCUUUUGAUGCACAUGUACACAAGAUUUUUGUUACCUAAACACUUGUGGAUUUUUCUUGGCGCUGUUUCUGCAGUACGCAUGUCGCGAUCGGCGAUUGAAAUACCUAGUCGACUGUGGCUGUGCCCCGCUUUGUAUUUACCAGUGUUGACAUGUCGGUCUGUCUACUAUCCACCGACCCCACGAGCGGCUGCGUCCAACUCACGACCGACGCAUGGCACACCCGAUGGAAACGGAUGUGCACCGGACGCGGGGACGCAUCCAGCGAAACCUGGCGGGCCGCCCCCGCCUUUGAACCCUCUGACCUCAUCCCGACCGCCCCCUCCCCCACCUGCACGGUCCUCCUCUCCCCCUGGCUCCAACUCGACGCUGACGACGCCGGAGUCCGGCACGAUACGGAGAUCGCAUUACGCCAGGAGCUAGCGCACUGUACGUUCCUCAAUCUGACCUCUGCGAUCCUCCCCGUCCCGCACCGCGCGCAUACACCUUCCUACGCACGCGCCACCUACGCCGCUCUGUCCUCUUCCCCGCUCCUCCGCCUCGCCGUGCGUCUCCCGAUCUACUUUCCCUCCCCUACACCUGAUUUCCGCGCGCCCUGGGAGACCUGGGACUCCAUCCGUACGCUAUGCGAGUACCACCCCCGGCUCAGCCUCGCCCUAGACUUGACCCCGCCCCUCCCGACGCUCCUCCCGCCCAUCACCUCCGCCUACGCCGCGGAGCCCCUCUCCCACGUGAUGAUCUCCGCGCACUCGUUCAUCUCCAACGCCAAGGGGUACCCCGUCCUACCCAAGACGACCCAGGCCCUCGUGCGGGGGCUUCUGUUGGCCGUGCCCAAUGUGUCGUUCGUGCUGUCGCAUACGGAGGGGGGCAUCCACUCCAAGGGGGGCAGGGACGCGUACGCGCAGUACGUGGACCAUCUGAUUCGGACGACGGGGGCGAGGGAGGGGAGCGUCGAGGCAUAUGCGAGGGGCUAUGGGGAUUUUUUGCAGGCGCCGUUGCAGCCCCUGCAGGAUAACUUGCAGAAUGCGACGUAUGAGACGUUUGAGCAGGAUCCGGUCAAGUAUGCGAAUUAUGAGGAGGCGAUUUAUAGGGCGGUUGUUGAUAGGGUUGGGAUGGAGCGUUUGGUGUUAUGUGUCUCUGGGGCAGGACGAGGUCCGCUCAUCACUCGUGCGCUUGCGGCGCUCGAACGCGCCUCGCGCAAGUCGUACACUUUGUACGCCAUCGAAAAGAACCCAUCGGCGUAUCUGCUUUUGCAACAGACGUUCCCGGAUGUGCAUCUCUUGUUUGGGGACAUGCGAUCUGUGAAGAUGCCUGAAAAGGUGGAUAUUGUGAUUAGCGAGUUGUUGGGGUCGUUUGGGGAUAAUGAGCUCUCGCCAGAGUGUUUAGAUGGGGUGGAGAGGUGGAUGAAACCAUCGGCGAUAUCUAUACCAUCCUCGUAUACGGCGCAUCUAUCGCCACUGUCAUCUUCAAAAUUAUACAAUGAGGCACGAAACUCUUCUGGAGCAGGCAUGGGCGGUGAGAUCCCAUAUGUGGUGAUGUUCCAAGCCGUGAGGCGCCUGAGCCCUACUGUGGCCGACUGCUGGGGCUUUGAGCACCCACGAUUCGAGGUCGAAGAGGAAGAAAGGUCAAAAAAGGGCAUGUCGAAGCGCUACACGCUGACUGCGAUGAACCCGACGCCGUUGGAGCCCCCGAAGGAUAAUGGGCAUAAUGUUCGGAGUGCGGAGAUGGUGUUUGAUAUCCCGGAGGAGGGGGUCUUGCAUGGGUUUGCGGGGUAUUUCGAGGCGGUGUUGUAUGAUACGGUGGGGUUGAGUAUUCAUCCUGAUCAUAAGGAGGUUGUGAGUAAGGAUAUGCUUAGUUGGUUUCCGAUGUUUUUCCCCAUCAGGGAUCCAAUGUAUUUGCCUGCUCACUCGGAACUGCAUGUGAGUAUGUGGCGACUGACGGAUGGUAAACGGGUAUGGUACGAAUGGUGUGCAGAGGGGUAUUUGGAAGGGGAGACCAAGGGGUCGAAGAUGACAUUGCAAGCGUCGAGCUCUUCGCCGUUGUUGAACGCGCCGCCGAGUCCGAUGGCUGAUGCAGUGGAGACGGUUGUGCACGGACAGGUGGAAGGAGGACGAGCAAAGAUUAAGAUUGGACAGACUGGCUUGCAUAAUGUUGGCGGUCGGAGUAGCUGGAUUGGGUUGUAGUUAAAA